UCAUUUGUGUCAGAAAUGAUUUAAAGUGUGUAUUCUUAGCCUCAAGAACAGCUGUUUUGCGUAACAUUGCGAAUCCGGUUGAUUUGCGUCAAAACAAAACCAGGAUCAUGCUGAAAACCGCUGUUACCCGCUUUUUACAAAUUAGUUCAGCGCAAUGUGGCGGCCGGGCGAAUUCUGUUCGCAAUAUCAACCUGAUUCCCAUGGUGGUCGAGCAAACUGGCCGCGGUGAGCGGGCCUACGAUAUAUUCUCGCGCCUGCUGAAGGAGCGGAUAAUUUGCCUGAUGGGCAACAUAACCGACGACAUCAGUUCCACCGUGGUGGCUCAACUGCUGUUCCUGCAAUCGGAGAACGUCAACAAACCGAUCCAUCUGUACAUCAAUUCGCCCGGCGGUGUUGUUACAGCGGGUUUGGCGAUCUACGAUACGAUGCAGUACGUCAAGCCACCUAUUGCAACUUGGUGCGUUGGACAGGCCUGCUCGAUGGGAUCCCUCCUGCUCGCGGCCGGUGCUCCUGGCAUGCGGUACUCACUACCCAACGCCCGGAUCAUGAUACAUCAGCCCUCUGGUGGCGCACAAGGCCAAGCCACAGACAUCCUAAUACAUGCAGAGGAAAUUAUCAAAAUCAAGCGCCAGCUGACCAACAUCUACGUGAAGCACGCCAAGAAUACAUACGAAGAGAUGUGCGGACGCAUGGAGCGCGACCACUUUAUGACCCCCGAGGAGGCAAAGGUGCUGGGCAUCAUUGACCACGUGCUCGAACAUCCUCCAGAGACUGUUUCCGAAACGGGACCCGCGUCGGACGGCGGCGUCACCUCCGGCAAAGCCGUGCCCGAGGAGUGCGAGAAGAAGAGAAGCAAGCAGGCGGCCUAAAUUUCCCCAUUUCUAUAGACCAAAAUUCAAUCAUAAGUUUGAAGCAAUUUGAAUAAUUCAGUUUUCCACAGAAUAUACACUUUCCAAGUAAAUCAUGUCGACUUUCUCAUGAUUCAGCAUUA